CUGGCAGUAAACACAAAAAAUCAUUAUUGCCCGAUGGCCGCUAAUGCCCGCCGUACUGAUCAAUGGCCUCAGCUUACGCGACACCGUGCAACGCCCGUUCGAUUAUUUCGCCAUCGCCUUCAGACCGACCGAUACUCCAAAUAUCUACGAACGCGUUUUAUUUUGCAAUUAUCCGACAAGGGAUCGGACGAUACUGCCCGCGAGUGACAGGAUCGAGUUCAAGCAGGCACCUGGCGCGGAGGACUUGGAGCUGCCCAGCGCGACACUGCUGGACUGUCAUUACCGCCUUGCUGAGAUCUUCAAUGCGUCUGACAUCGACGAGACGAUUCACCAGCACUUGCGCCGCUUGGAGAACCUAAAGGACACCGCGGGAGACGAGUUGCGUGCGGACGGGGGGACCGACAUUGGGGAAAUCUUCAAGGUGGCUCUCUGGGAGAGGAUACCGUAGGGUGGCUGUUUUGUGUUGGUUCUACAUAUCCCUGAGUGUGAUCGCCAUGCCUUCUCCGGUAGUCCCGAUGAGGAACUUGUAUUUAUUCAUAUUCAUAUUCCGUUCCUCCCCCCUACCAACCAAACUCCACCAGAGUCCCUUCAUCAUCAAUUACCUUCCCAAACAACUUUCCCAAGUCACC